UGAUGCACAUGCAUCCUUUGGAUAAUUCACUCUCCCAAUGUUUACAAAAUCAGUGUAAACGGAUUAGUUUAUCUCCAAGACAAUUUCAAUUAAGGCUGAGUUCAAUUUUCUGUUUCUCUAAUUUGAUUUACAACUGACAGUUUUUUCAAUAAAUUAGACUGCCAUCUAUAUAACAUUAUCAUCCUCUUUUCCAGUUUCAACUAUAGACCAAUAACAAAAUGGUGUUUCACAUUCUUAUUGUUGUACUAUUUGCCGGAACUUCAGGAGCAUUGGACCAAUAUGAAAACUAUACAACUUUGGGAUUUAGUAAAACAGUAGAUGUGAAUCCUCCAGAAACACCUGAUGAUAACAAGCCCUAUGUUAUUGCAAAGAAUGAAAAUGUAUCAAUUGAUUCAAAUAGAGAAAACAGUAUAGCAGUUAUUGAUGAUGGUCUCAAAAAUGCUACGGUAACAGGACGAGAAAGGCCAACAACAAAUACCACAAUCAUAAAAGCAAGUAUGGACUCAACAAAAACCAGUUCUGGGACUCCUAAACCAACACAGAUGCCAUUUUUACUCAGAAUGGCUCUGUGUGUUCAGAAAAACAAAGGUUAUUUCAACCAAAAUGGAAAAUUGGCAAUUAACAUCACAGUAACAGCCUGCUGCACAUAUAAAAUUCAAAAUCAUGACUUGAACAGUUUAUUAAGAAAAGAUGUGCAUGCUGCAACAAUUAUCAUUGACUUUUGGAUCAGUAUAUUCGUAGUGUUCAUUGGACUAGUGGGAAACAUUGUCUCAUUUGUAGUGCUAUCAAUUCAACCGGUUAAUACAAGUUUAUUCCUCUUGAAGGCUUUAUCAAUCACUGAUGCACUCUAUUGUCUUUGGUACUUGAUGUUUUCCCCUUAUAAUACUGCUUUUCAGUAUACAAAUUGGGUCUCUAAUAGAGAUUCAGACAUUGUCCACUGGAUUCCAUUGAAUAAAUCGAUGUUAAAUUUAGUCAACUUUGUUCUUCAGACUAUCUCUAUUUGGCUUGUCGCACUCCUCACUAUAGAUCGCUUUAUCACAGUUUGCUUUCCUUUCAAGGCCAAACUCCUGUGCACGAUGAACAAGGUAAGACUUCAAGUGGCGAUUUUGGUUUGGUUUAGUAUCAUGUUCUGUAUUCCUAGUGCUUUUCAGACAAAGGCUUAUCUCUAUCCUAAUCCAUGUACUGGCGCACAAUUGGUCGCAAGUUAUCAAACUGAUUUCGGAAUGUCUUAUGGAAGUAGUAUGGUAUAUGAUAUAAUACUGGAUGGGUUUUUGAGGUACAUAAUCCCAGUAACCAUGGUGUUCGCUAUGAAUAGUCUAUUGAUCAAGGCACUGAACAAAGCUGCAACCAAUCGGAUGCAGUUGUCAAGCGAUAGCAACCAGAAAGACAACAAAAACAUCACCAUGGUUCUAGUUACAGUAGCAACUGUUUUCCUCAUCUUGGUUCUUCCUCAUCUUGGAGCAAAGAUCAUGAGGACAGUUGCCUGGCUACAAAAAGACAAACAGAUAAGUUUGGCAAUUGAUGAGUCAGUUCUCACUACAGCUCUUAAAUUCCUUAUGAUCGCUUCCAAUCUUUCGCUCCGUAUCAAGUCCUCUAUCAAUUUCUUUCUCUAUAUUGUCAUAAGUCAAAAGUUCAGAAAAGGUUUCUCCAAGUUGAUUCAUUGUGGUAGAAUUCAUGACGUUGAUUCUCCUUCAGCUAGUCCAAGUUAUAGAGAGAUAGGGCCUCAGGGCUUUCAAACGAGAAAUACAUCAUACAAGACUUCAAGCUUUAAGGUGGCUUAACUCAACUAGCCAUCUUUUUACACUGUGUAGUACUUAACACAAUUUCCAUAACAAUAAAAAUCUAAGAAUGGAAUUGUGUAUAAAAUAAACUGCAGCCCUCAAAAUGGCAAGCCUUUUAUUUGACACUAAGGGCUAUCCAUUAAAUAUCAAAACUCGAUUCAUGAUUGUUUCAUGUUUCUCUCAAAGGGUAGACAGUGUUUUCUGGAUAUCACAAGGAAUUUAAAUUCUAAUGAAUUUGGACAUUUCUGCAUCCUAAAUCAUCUAUUUGCUCAGACACCUCAAUACUUUUUUCAGAUAUAAAAAUAGAAAUGCAAAGAAAACAUAAAUUUUAUGAUUUCAACAUUA